AGCUGUUGCGUGUACGGCGAGUACGCCUUUUGUUUAAUUACUUUUAUUAUAAAUUAUUAUUGAGAGCGAGCGUGUCAGUGUGUGUGAGUGUAUUCAAACAUGCUAGUCAUCAACACUUGCAGAAAUACAGCAAGGCUGGUCCAGCGGAGCGCCUGGAUUAGAAACAGCUUCCCCAUCAUCGGUCCAUCAAUUACCUCGCGCACUUUCUCGCUGGGACUGGCCCUGAGGCAGCAAGAUGUCGUUAACGUAACCUUCGUGCGUGCCAAUGGCACCAAGAUCAAGACAUCCGGCAAGGUGGGCGACUCCCUGCUCGAUGUGGUCGUCAACAACAAUGUGGACCUUGACGGCUUUGGCGCCUGCGAGGGCACGCUAACCUGCUCCACGUGCCACCUGAUCUUCAAGACCAACGACUUUGAGAAGCUGCCCGACAAGCCCGGCGAUGAGGAGUUGGACAUGCUGGAUCUGGCCUACGAACUGACGGACACCUCGCGUCUGGGCUGCCAAAUUACGCUGUCCAAAGAUAUGGAUGGACUGGAAGUGCAUGUGCCGUCCACCAUUAACGAUGCACGCGCCGCGUAGAGCUAACAACCCGCAAUCCCCCCACCCGGAAAUAGUUGUUACGCUUUUUGUUUUUGCUAUUUGAGUGCUAGAUACUGUCCUACCAGGCAUUCAUCCUCAGGCUAGUAUAUAGAUGCGUGCAUAAAUUGCUGUGUUUCCAUGCCAAUUUA